AUGGCACCUUCAAGAAACCAGAGUCCGACUCCGGACCCCUACCAGAGGGCUAUGGCCAAAAACAACCUGUGGGCCUCCAAAGUCGUCGAAGAGCAGCCGGAGCUCUUCCCAACCCUCGCCUCAGGGCAGGCACCCGAGAUUCUCUGGAUUGGCUGCGCAGACUCUCGUUGCCCCGAAACAACCGUCCUGGGGCUUCAGCCCGGUGACGUCUUCGUUCACCGAAACAUUGCCAACGUCGUGCAGUACAACGACAUCUCCUCUGCCACCGUCAUUGAAUACGCCGUCAUCUACCUAAAGGUCAAACAUAUCAUUCUCUGCGGCCACACUAGCUGUGGUGGUAUCAACGCCGCUCUAGCCAACACGAAGCUCGGUCUAUUGGACACCUGGCUCAUGCCUCUACGACGGCUACGAGAACAGCACAUGGACACCCUAAAGGACCUAGAGCCCAAGGAUGCUGCCGUGAAGCUCGCCGAAAUCAACGUCGAGAAUGGGCUGCGAGUUCUGCGAGAGAACAGCGCGGUCCUCGACGCCAUCCAAGACAGAGGACUCAAACUACACGGCGUCAUCUACGACGUCGGCAGCGGAAAGUUGAGAGAAUUGGAAAUAUCGGAGGAUAUGGAUGCUAUCAGCCGAAGAAUUGCUUCUUUCAAGACAGUCAAGAAUGAGGAGAGCUGA